AUGGACAAGCGCUUCACCGUGAAUCCCUUCGCGAGGCUGGAGCUCACAGCGGAAGACCGAGCGCAGCUCGUCCAACUCGCGGACGAGCUAGUGCUCGCCAAGUUCGAGGAGUAUGAGAAACACUUGAACAACCAGAAGCAGGUGGACCUCAACCGGUGGAAGAAGUUCACCAAGUCCGGCCCGACGACGACGUACCUCGAGCGCAAGAACUCCAACCGGGACUCGAAGCUGCCCGCCCUCUUGAUGGUGGGCCCGUUGCCUGGCACUCUGGACGAGAACAUGUUCGGACUUGUGAGUCCGACGAUCGAGGCCAUGCGCAUCAAAACCUCCUACCUGAGCGACUUCAGUGGCGCGGCUGUACUUUCGACCAUCAUUGAGCCGACAGUGGAGGAACCGUUCCGCUCGGUGGUGAUCAAGUGGAUGGAGAUCGACAUCCCCGGAGCGUCCAUCGGACUCGUGCGCAACAGAGACUACGUGUACCUCGAGAGCUCCGGCAUUUUACGGCUCAAGAACGGCGAGCGCGUGGGUUACCACCUUUUCCACUCCGUCAGCUUCCCACAAGCUCACGAGCUACCGAACCGGGUUCGCGGCAACAUGUCGUUCUGUGGCAUUUUCCACCAGGAAGGUCCGGACCGGACGGACUGCCGUGGCACGGGCAUUAUGGACCCCGGUGGCGACAUGAUCCGCGUGAUGGCGGUGAUGGGGAUGGUGCAGGCGACAAUGGCGGGGCUCAAGUACGCGUACUGCGGGCAGAUGAAGAAGCUGGCGUGGCUGCUGGAGCAGAAGCAUGGUCAAGCCAAGGAGCGAGGUACCCCCGUCGCGGGACCUGGCUGCGUGACGUGUAUGAAGCAGAUCAAAACGUCGAAGUUGAGCGACUUUCGACGGUUGAGCAGCACGUGUAAGUUGUGCUUCGGGGCCCUGUGCGGCACGUGCAAGAUCCCCAAGAAGCUGAGCUUCAUCACGCCAGAUCUGGAACUAGCGCAGCGCAAGGUGAACUUCUGCGUCAAGUGUCUGGUCGAAGCCACCCGCUUGGACACGCAGGAGGCUGCGCGCCAGCAGUUCGUCUACAAGAAGCUUGUCCAGCCAAGUGCCUAUGGCUCGUCGGUCGCGUCGGACCAGAGUUCGUGCUCGGAAAGCACUGUGAGCUUAUCUUGAUACGUGGAGGGCAGUGUUCACGUUGUUUUUAUAGCGCACAUUGGUUAGGUAGGUAGUUAAAAUAUAAAGGCAUUGGAGC